AUGCCGGCUGUCCUUGGUCGACGCGAACCCUCGCCACAACAGACCAAUCAGGGCACUGCUUCAGGCGAGUUUGAGAGCUGGUGGAAGGAGCCAUCUGGACCCUGGGCGUGUUUUGGAGGGGUGGCAGAUGGACACAGUGGGGCGUGGGCUGAGCACUCAAAUGUUCUAGGAGCACGUACGUCUCCGCCUUGUCUGUGUCUAAGCAGCCCGCCUGUCCCCCCCUCCAUCUUUGCCAUUCCAAUUCCUUCAUUUAGUAACCAGGGGCUUGUCCUUUUCGACGUCAACUGUGUGCCUCCGGCUGGACCUGAAACGCAUUCCUCUUGUCUGGCCACCCCCUCGGUACGGAGUACUCUUCCCAAACAGCUUGGUAGCAGCACCUCCGCCAGUCUCGCCGAUAUUCACUGCCGGCCAGGUCACUCGCUUGAGCGGGCUUUCACAAUAUUCCCGUCACUUCUCAGUCCGACAUUGACCAUUGGGGAACCCCCCACCAACUGGACGGCACCUGGUAUCGAUAGCUUCGAUUCCUCGAGUCCCCUGCAGAGCAAGGCCCUGAGACUGCUCAGGCGCUUCGAGUUCUGCCGCUUUAUUGCGCCUGUGCUCCCCAACACCAUCCCAAUCCAACAAGGAAGGCCCCUCGUUCUGUUCGAGGCUCAAGGUUCUUGUGCCGUCCUUGGCCUCUCGUGGGCGGCUUCACACCCCAUCUUCGCCUCCUCGCAUCCUCCACUCAUACACCAGCGUUUGGCUUCUUUGCGAACAAUAAGCCUCCGCCCGCUACUCCCGCCUGCCUGUUCAACAGCCCUUGGGCCGCCUCAUCACACACUCGAGCACCGCGUCCACUCACACUCUGCCUCUGCCCAACCCAAGCGACGUCCUGACCCAAUCACCAGCAAGCCCGGUAUUACGACCAAAAGAAUGGUCUCCUUUCAGUGUGAGUCCUGCAUAACCGAAGAUCAAAAAUACCAAGGUGCAUUGUACAAAGAGAAGAACAAAAAACCCAAGAUCAACCACCACAAACCCGACGACUCCCGGUACCAGCAUCAAGACGAUCGACCCAAGAACAUGGCCCUGCAGCCUUAUGUUGAAGACAUUGGGGAGGACCGAGCUUACGAGCCAUGGAACGACUCUGUUGGACAGACCGAAGAUGAACCAUCCCCGGCCGAAGGGCUCCCUGAAGCCCCUACACCUCCUGCCGCCGCUACCGAGGAUCAUGUCAAUGUGUUUGAUUACCUUAUCGCCACCGGCCAGACUCCAAAUGCCUCCAACAUGCACCUCCCCAUGGACCAGGAGGGACCGGAAACCAGUGACAGCAAAUCGUUGGUGCGAUACGAGUGCGAUGCCUCGAAGUAUCUUGUGGAGGAUGGUGAACCCCUAGUUCAGUACGGUUCCGGCCCCGUGCAUACGGAACCGGCAUUUGUGACUCCAGGUUCCAAGACCGAGCGACGACGAAGCCGAGAGAGAGAGCUCAAGAAGGACAAGAAGCGCAAGCGUCUCCAUGUUGAUGUUCCCGGCGAUCGGAUCAUGACGGACGCGCCGCCCGUUCUGCACUCUGGGCUCACUGGUGGCUUGAAAGGGUUAAUGCGGCCUGCAUACCCUCCGACCCCCGACUAUUCUGGCGGCGACGUCGGCGGGAAUUCUCCUGCAAGCCCUCUGAAGAAGACCAAACACUCAAAACAUUCCAAGGGCGGGCGCAUUGACAGCCUGUUCGGUGUCAUGAACAAGUCGUCCAAGAAGAAGUCGAAGCAUUCUCACCGCCACGGGGAACACAAGGAUACCAAGCUAAUUGAAUACCGACCGCAAUCCAAGGACGGCAAGGCUGGUGAGAAUCGAGGCCGUCAAAUGGUUGUAUACAAGCCACGUGCUGAUGCCUUCCUCUCUUUGGUGAAUAAGGGACCUGAGAGCGAAAAGGGAUGCAGCAUGAACAAGGCCUUGAAGCGAUUCCACCGCGCGCGCCAAGCCUCCGGUUCCAACUUGCCCAAGUCCACCGAAGAAAAGGAACUUUGGCGAAACUUGCGCCUGCGCCGGAACGAUCGCGGCGAAAUUGUGGUCUUCACUAUCGAGUAA